AUGCCCUCAACAUCAGCACAGAAAGAUGGACUUUUGCUCCACCACACUCUCGGCAACGGCGACUACAAUGUCUUCGUCGACAUGUUCCGCCCUGUUUCCUGCGCCGUCGCCAACCUCAAGGACCCCAACACUGCUGCCGCCGAGAUUGACCACGUUAUCCGCGAAUGUUACAUUCAAUCACGUCCGGUCUACAUCGGUCUGCCUUGCGACAUUGUCGAGGACAAGAUUGAGGGCGAGAGACUUGAUCAGCCUAUCGACUUGUCAUACCCUCCCAACCCCGAAGAGCAAGAGGACUACGUUGUCGAUGUUGUCCUGAAGUAUCUACACGCAGCAAAGAACCCCGUCAUUCUGGUCGAUGGUUGUGCGAUCCGUCACCGCGCACAGAAGGAGACCCACGAUUUGGUCGUCAAGUCUGGUCUGCCCACAUUCGUCGCUCCCCUUGGUAAGGGUUGUGUCGACGAGACUCUCCCCAACUAUGGUGGUGUGUAUGCUGGUGAUGGUUCCAACGAGGGUGUUCGCGAUCGUGUCGAGAGCUCCGAUCUUGUUCUCAGCAUUGGCGCCAUUAAAUCCGAUUUCAACACUGCAGGCUUCACAUUCCGCCAAAGUCAAUUGACCACCAUCGACUUCCACUCCAACUUUAUCCAAGUCCGCUACUCGCAAUAUCCUGGUGUCCGCAUGAACGGUGUCCUCCGCAAGGUCGUUGACAGAAUGGGCAAGCUGAAUGUCGAGGCUGGUCCCAAGCCCACAAACCGCGUAAGCAGCCAAGAGAACACCCAGGUCAUUACACAGAAGUACUUCUGGCCUCGUCUUGGUCAAUGGCUGCGUGAGCAGGAUAUCGUUCUUACUGAGACUGGUACUGCCAACUUUGGUAUCUGGGAGACUCGCUUCCCUGCCAAGGUCCAACUCAUCUCUCAGGUCCUGUGGGGUUCCAUUGGUUACGCCACUGGUUCUGCUCAGGGCGCCUCAUUGGCCGCCAAGGAGCUUGAAGAGGAGAAGGGCGAGAAGCACCGCACUAUUCUGCUCACUGGUGAUGGUUCGUUCCAGUUGACCGCCCAGGAGGUCUCGACCAUGAUCCGCCGCAAGCUGAAGCCUAUCAUCUUCCUUAUCCAGAACGACGGCUACACCAUCGAGCGCAUGAUCCACGGCAUGGAAGCCGAAUACAACGACGUCCAGGAGUGGAAGUACAAGGACCUGGUACCCGCCUUCGGCGCAAAGGAGGGCGAGUACAAGACCUACACGAUCAAGACACGUGAGGAGCUCGACCAGCUCAUGGCCGACGACAACUUCAACGCUGCUCCUUACUUGCAGUUCGUUGAGAUGUACAUGCCCAAGGAGGACGCUCCCGAGGCACUCAAGCUCACUGCUUCGGCCGCCGAGCGCAGGAACGCAAAGGUCCAGGCUUAG